AUGUUUUCCAGAACCAGUACUAGCGUUCUCAGAACCAGCAUAUCGUCUUGCCUAGGCAAGCCUUUCUGUGUUGCGCAAAGGGCCAACUACAUUGUGCCUUCCAAGAAAAGACGCACCAUUCCAGUGUACGAACCACUUGCAACCGCUCAUGGGGAAAAGAGUGGCCAACUUAUGGACACAGUUCGUGGAGAUCUUUACCAGAAAUUUGAUCCUAGCGGAUGGCGUCGUGAGUUGUUGAACCAUACCAAUAAAGAAUGUUUGCGUGCUGGGGAUAUUGUCAGAGUUAUUUUCAAGGAUAGCUUGAAGAACCCAUCAUACGUCGGAUACCUCAUGGCGAUCGAUCGUAAUGGACCUGAUUCGACGAUAUUGUUGAGAAGUAAAGUGUCGCAAGUUGGUGUUGAAAGAAGAUUCAGUAUUUACAACCCAUUCAUUGAAAGAAUCGACAGAGUUAGAAAGCCAUAUAAGUACAACCAAAGAAACAGACAUUAUUACAUCAAGGGUUCCAAGAGAGAUGCCAGCGACUAUGAAUCUUUAUCAAAGCGUACUGGCUUAUAG